CAAACCAUCUCCUUCUCUGUCAGCGAUAUAGAUUGCAGAAGAAUGGCUCUUCCUCACUUCUUCACAAUCUCAAUGGUUCUCUUCUCACUUGUGGCUAUUACCUCUGCUAGCAGUGGUGGCUACGGCCCCGAACCGGAAGUUGAGAAAGCUGAUGAGCCAGAAUAUAACGAAAAACUACUCCCCACCAUCAUGGGCGUUCAAGGUCUUAUUUACUGUAAAUCAGGCCACAAGCCCAUGCCCCUUCCAGGAGCUGUGGCAAGGAUAACAUGCCUGAAAGUUGAUAAGCACGGAUAUGAGAUGGGUUCAUACUCCUUCCUGAGUGGGGCAAGUGACGAGAAGGGUUACUUCUUUGCAACACUCUACCCAUCAGAGGUUGAAGACGACUGCAAGCUCAAAGAGUGCAAGGCAUUCCUCGAAAGCUCUCCACUGGAGACCUGCGAUGUUCCAACUGACGAUAACAAUGGGAUCAGUGGCUACCCUCUUGAUUUUUAUCGCGACCUCAGUGCCAAGAAGAUGAUGUUGUAUUCUGUGAAGCCUUUCUUCUACACCCCUAAGCCUGAACCAAUCUCUAAUGGUUAUUAAAAUAUGAUUUAAGGGAAAAAAAAAUAGAAAACAUAUUUUUAAUUUUGUUUUUUAUUAUUGGGAAGUGGGGUUUGCUUAUUGGUAAUGCUGAUUUUAUAGGUGGGUAGAGUAAUUCUCUGCUGCCAAGGGUUUUCAGAGAUGCAAUAAGGUCUUUCAUUGUAAUAAGCAGAGGGCAUUUCAUUAUACCCUCUUGGUUUUUCUAUUAAUGCAUACCUUCCUACUUAGUUCUUUAA